GGCUGGCUUGGGCCUCGUGUAAGGUGGGGAGCAGUGGAGCGCUGUCAAACUGUUCUUCACACCACCGCUUGUGCAGCACUGGUGUCCUACUCAUCUCCGGGGGAGUAAUUACACCUACUUUUACUUUGCAUCACUCUUGGUUUAGCUGCCGGAUGAGAAACUCAUUUUGGUAUAUUUCCACCGAAAACUAGAAAUGCUUUUGGCGGCUUUGACCAGAGAUGGGCACUUUCUCUUUUGCAAAACAUGGGUUAUUAAGUUGGCAUAGUUGGGUGCCAGUCACAAUGGAGAACGGGUGCUCGGAUGCGGUGAAGGAGGACGACGAGAUGCUCUGGGAGAACGUGGAGAACCACCGGUACACACUGAGCCGGCACAUCAACUCCAGCAAGUUGACGCCAUACCUGCGGCAGUGCAAAGUCAUCGACGAGCAGGAUGAGGACGAGGUGCUGUAUUCGCACAUGCUGGUGUCCCGCGUCAACAGGGCAGGCAGACUUAUGGAUAUCUUGCGCACUAAAGGUCAACGAGGAUACGUGGUGUUUUUGGAGAGUCUGGAGUUUUAUUACCCUGAGCUGUACAAACUGGUAACAGGCAACGCUCCCACCCGCAGAUUCUCAACUAUCGUUGUGGAAGAGGGCCAUGAGGGACUGACGCAGUUCCUAAUGAACGAGGUGCUCAAACUGCAGCAGCAGGCCAAAGACAAGGACGUGCAACGCGCCACCAUAGUGGGACGCCAUCGGCUCCUGGAGGACGAGCACAAGAAGGUGCGGCUGGCCAAUCAGGAGCUGAUCGCCUUCCAGAAGCGCUACUAUAAGAUGAAGGAGGAGCGCAACAAUUACAGCGACGAGCUCGGCAAGGUGAAGGACGAGAACUACAACCUGGCCAUGCGGUUGGCGCAGCUGAGCGAGGAGAAGAAUAUGGCCGUCGUGAGGAGCCGCGACCUGCAGCUGGAGAUUGACCAGCUGAAACACAAGCUCAAUCACAUGGAGGAAGAGUGCAAGCUGGAGAGGAAGCAGUCGCUGAAGCUGAGGAAUGACAUCGAAACCCAGCCCCGCAAAGAGCAGAUCUUUCAGCUGCAGCAGGAGAACGAGGUGCUGAAGAUGAAAGUGCAGGAACUGGAGGCCAUCAUACAGCCCGAAAUGAAGGGACUACUGGACUCUGAGAAGGUCAUCGUGGACAUCCUGGAGCAUGACCGCCAGGAAGCCUUGGACGACCGUCAGGAUUUGUUCCAGCGGCUGUACAACUUGCAUAUGGAGCUGCAGCAGACUGAGAAGCUGAGGGACAAGUAUCUGGAGGAAAAGGAGGAUCUGGGACUCAGGUGUUCUGCAUUGGUCAAGGACUGUGAGAUGUACAAGAACCGCAUGAACACCAUCCUGGUUCAGCUGGAGGAGGUGGAGCGGGAGAGAGACCAGGCUUUCCGUUCACGGGAUGAGGCUCAGCACCAGUUCUCCCAGUGCCUGAUGGACAAAGACAAGUACCGAAAGCAGGUACGUGAGCUGGAGGAGAGGAAUGACGAGCUGCACAUCGAGAUUGUGCGCAAGGAGGCCAAGUCAGUCAACCUGGUGUCCAAGCUCAGGAGACUCUCCAAAGGAAACAUCCUGGAACACACUUUGCCCCGUGACCUUCCGCUAGCCUUGAUGCCUCAGCUGAUGGGCCGGGAUGCAGUACGGGAGCUCGAGGACUUCGCAGUCAGUAUAACCAGCGAGGAGUCUCCAGAUGAUGAAGAAUUCUUCCAAACUGAACCUCAGCUCAAACGCAGACCCAAUCUUAAGGGAGUUACGCUGGAUACUGCUAAAAAGGCACGUCAGUCAUCCAGCUCACUUCAACUGCAAGAAGGAUUCGACGCUAUAUUUUUUCCGAUCGUUAAUACCCUCCAGAGGUGUCGCAAUAGUGUAAUGUCCACCGCACCAGAGCCCCCAGGGAAUGAGUCCAUUGUCAGGAGGACGAAAGAAGGCGAUGACGACUCCGUCCCCAGAAGCCGUUGCGACUUUGACGACGACGACAAUGAAAACGUGGAACUUUGUGGUGACUUCCUGGAGUCUGAUGGCGCCUGUCAUGAGGCUCUCUCAUUUCAGUCCUCCUCAUCAUCCUGCCACUCUGAAAACUUAGACCCUUACGACCUGGAGCAGGUCAGCAGCAUCUUUCAAAAGAUCUCAAUGGAAAGACCCUUCCGGCCCUCCCUGUCAUCCUCCCUUCCCGGGAACGGUGUCACGCGGGCCAUACGAGACGUCUCUCUUCCUGGGGAUUCCUUCCUGUCCGAGGUCUCGCUGGUGGGCGGCAAUGCAAGCGGCAUCUUCAUCUCCUCGGUACAGCCAGGGUCCAUCGUGGAGAACAUUGGCCUGAAAGAGGGACAUAACCUCUUACUGCUUGAGGGAUGUGUACAAGGAAAUCUCCAGACUGUACCUCUAGAUACUUGCACCAAAGAGGAAGCCUACUGGACGCUGCAGAGGUGUGUGGGCCAGAUCACCCUGCACUUUCGGUCGAACUAUGAAGGUUACAGGAAGCUGCUGCGAGAAAUGGAGGAGGGCUCGCUGAUGUCGGGGGACUCCUUCUACGUGCGUCUCAACCUGGAUCUGUCCGGCCUGCCGGACAGCUGCUCCACGUGCGUGAAAUGCGACGAAGUGCUGCACGUCAUCGACACCAUGCACCAGGGGAGAUGCGAGUGGCUGUGCGCUCGUGUCCACAUGUUCACCAACCAAGACCUGGAGAAAGUGACCAUUCCCAAUUACACCAGGGCACAGAAUCUCCUCCUGAGGAAGAUCCAGAAGCUGAUCUGCAAGGGAGGUCGGGACGAGGCGGACUGCAUGCGCGGACUCAGGAGUUUAUUCCGGACCGAAGAGUCUGCACUUCCAGGAGACCCAAAAUCCAGCUCCCGUUCCUCUUGUGCGAGUGUCCUGCUUGGACAGAUCCUACAGUUCGUGAGCAGGACGGAACACAAAUACAAGCGGACUAACAGCAGCGAGAAGGUGCGGAGGGUGAGCCUGGGGAAUGGGAGCCUGCCCAGACCCGGAUUCCAGGCCAUGAAGCAGGAGUACUCGGAUGGCGAGAGCGACCUCAACGACAGCCUGAACCUGCUGCCGUACAGCCUGGUGACUCCGUACCACUGCCAGCGGAAGAGGCCGGUCCUGUUUGUCCCCAACACAUUGGCCAAAGCCAUCAUGCAGAAGAUCCUCAAUUUAGGAGGAGCCAUGGAGUUUGACCUCUGCAAGCCAGAUGUCAUCACAAAGGAGGAGUUUUUGCAGAAGCAAAAAAUGGAGCCAAUUAUUUAUUUGAAAGAGAAGGCCAAUAAUACCUGUGAAUGCGUCACAUCUGAAAAUCUUGAAGCUGUUGCCAGCAAGAAUAAACAUUGCCUGUUGGAAUCUGACCUCAGCUGCACGAAGGAUUUGAUCAAAAGAGAAAUAUACCCAAUCAUCAUCUUCAUCAAAGUUUGUGAAAAGAACGUUAAAAAGCUAAGGAGGCUGCCAUUGAAGAUAGACCCGGAGGACGACUUCCUUAAGGUGUGCCGUUUGAAGGAGAAAGACCUCGAGAGCCUGCCCUGUCUCUAUGCUUCUGUGGAACCCGAAUCUUGGACUGGGGUGGAAGACCUUCUGAAGAUAAUUAAGGACAAAAUCCUAGAGGAACAGAAAAGGACAGUCUGGAUAGAGCAGGAUCUUCUGUAGGAUGGAAAAUAAGAAUAUACAACAAACAGCCUAGAUGAAUGUUCAUAGAAGUUAAUGUAGACAUUGCAUUGAGUUCUCAUUCAUCCAUCGAAGGAGAGGGACCAGCACAGGAAAACGAAGCAUAAUGCUGAGGAUCAAGUCCUUUUAUGACUAAUGAUGGAGCUAAAAAAUGCAAAACCUUUGUAUUUUGGAACAAUGCCCAUGAAGACCGCUACCAAUUUAAUGGAUUUGCUAUAGUCGGCCUGCAAAAGCAUUGUUACUGUAGCAUUUUUAUUUCACCGACUGCAAUGAGAAAAAAAAAAAAAACAUGAGAUCUGUUAAGAAUGUAAGAAUUGCUCAUUUACAGAUAACAAUCAGUUUCUGUUAUGUGAGAAAUUUGCCUAUUUUAUUGACUAAUUAAGAGAUUUUAUAUAUUAAUUUUUAUAUUGAAUGUAGAGUUGGAAGUCAUAUGUAUGUGAUUUUAUGAGAUCUUUGGCUACUUUUUAAAUAGUAACUUAUUUAAUAUAUGCAUGCUAAUUUUUCUUGGUGUGUCUAUUCCUUGCGGUUGCUAGCUGCUACAGUGUUCGUUUUGUGAUUAAAAGUGUCCUUUAUAA